ACUUUGUCUUCUUCCUACAAAACCCUAGCACUUCCCCCCGCCUUCUUAACACUCCCCUUCUCUUUCGUUCUUCUUGCCAGUUUUACAUCGCCUCUUGCAGCAGCGCCAAAACAAUGGCACCGAAGAAGGCUGUUGGAAAAGUUUCAGCAAAGAAGAAGACGGAGAAAGUGGUGAACCCGCUAUUUGAGAAGCGUCCAAAGCAGUUUGGAAUUGGUGGGGCUUUGCCACCUAAGAGGGAUCUCACACGAUUUGUCAAAUGGCCCAAGGUUGUUCAAAUUCAAAGGAAGAAGAGGAUUCUGAAGCAGAGGCUCAAGGUUCCACCAGCUUUGAAUCAGUUCACCAAGACCCUUGACAAGAAUCUUGCAACAAACUUGUUCAAGAUGCUUUUGAAGUAUAGGCCAGAGGAUAAAACACAGAAAAAGGAGCGUCUUCUGAAAAGAGCUCAGGAAGAAGCUGAAGGCAAAUCACACGAUGCCAAAAAGCCUAUUGUUGUUAAAUAUGGUCUCAACCAUGUUACCUACCUCAUUGAGCAGAACAAGGCACAACUGGUUGUGAUUGCACACGAUGUGGAUCCAAUUGAGUUGGUUGUAUGGCUCCCAGCUCUGUGCAGGAAGAUGGAAAUUCCAUAUUGCAUUGUGAAGGGAAAAGCACGUUUGGGAGCGGUUGUCCACCAAAAGACUGCAUCAGUUUUGUGUUUAACAACAGUGAAAAAUGAAGAUAAGAUGGAGUUUAGCAGGAUCCUGGAAGCCAUUAAGGCUAAUUUCAACGACAAGUACGACGAAUACAGAAAGAAGUGGGGCGGUGGAAUCAUGGGAUCCAAGUCUCAGGCAAAAACUAAGGCAAAGGAGAAAUUACUGGCCAAAGAAGCUGCUCAAAGGAUGUCUUAGGUAAUCAGAGUUGUUCUUUUGUAACUCUGCUGAAUUUUAUUUUAUGAGAAAAACUGAGACACCAAUUCUUUUUGGUAUGUAGUUUAACUCCAUCAGUAGAAUUUUGAAGUUUUGUUUACUUUUAAGAGAACUUGAUGUAGUAUUUUCUCCAUGUAAACCUCUAUUUAUUUUAGUUUAUUUUUGAAUGUUUCUAAUGC